CAUUUCUUCCUGUCAGACUGUCAGAGCUGGAAACCGAACCAAGCACGACCCACGAAGUUUAGUGUCUGCGGGUUGAGACCGAUCCUGAAUCUGGGCUUUGACUCGUCUCCUCUCUGCAGGUGGGACCAUGGCCUCUGAAGUUGCACCGACAGUCAAUCUGAAAGAGGCGGAGGAACUCGCCCUCUCUCUGAGCGACGCCCUCAGCGCUGGGAAUAGUCAGGAAGCAGUGGAGCUCUGCCAGAGGCUGUCACAGCUGUCUGUCCCCGUGUCCGUCAGCGUCAGCAAACCGGCCUACCCGCAGGACGCCAUCAGGUUGAAAGUUGGAGUGGAGGAUGCUCAGUCAGACAACUUCAUCCCGACGACCGUUGUGGUUUCUGCUGAUAUGACAAUUGCACAACUCAAAGACCAGUUCAGCCUUGACUUCGGGUUCCCGCCCACGCUGCAGCGCUGGGUGAUAGGCAAGCGGUUGGCUCAGGACCGGGAGACGCUGUACAGCCACGGCGUUCGUGAGAGUGGAGACCAGGUCUUCCUGUUCAUCCUCUCGGCCCAAACCGCUCACCUCACACGCUAUCAAUACAAACUGGACCAGGACCAGCAACGCAUAGACGGCAUCGUGGAUUCAAUGGCAUUGUUCCAGCCUUUCCCCAAAGGAGGUGUUGGUGAGAAGACUGCUCCUCCUCCAAAGCCUCUGCAGACUGCUCCUCCUCCAAAGCCUCAGCAGACUGCUCCUCCUCAGGCUAAACCCAGGACUGCCCCUCGCCCUACUGUGGCUCCUAAACCUCAGUUUGGCUGGACCUGCACUCAGUGCACGUACGUGAACAAACCAACUCGUCCCGGCUGCGAGAUAUGUGGAGGGGAAAAGCCAGAGGAUUAUGAGGUGCCUGCCGUCUACCAGCCCGACCUGCAGGAGGUUCUAUGGAUUCAGCAGGAAGAGCUGGCCAUGUUGCAAUAUGAGAAGACUCAGCGGGAAGAGCGAGAGAACAACUACCUGCACUUUUUGGCAACAGAAGAACAGAAUCUGAUCCCUAACACCACAGAGACAGAAUGUCCCAUCUGCUUCUCCACUCUGGAGCCGGGAGACGGCAUCGUGCUCCGAGAGUGCCUGCACACCUUCUGCAGGGAGUGCCUACAAGGGAUGAUAGUGAACAGUCAAGAUGCAGAGGUGUCGUGUCCUGACAAAUGUGACAGUAAAAUACUGGACCGAGAAAUCCGAGCGCUGCUCUCCGAUGAAGAGCAUCAGCGUUUCCUGGAGCUGCGUCUGAGCAUCGCAGAGAGCCGCGCCGAGCACAGCUUCCACUGCCAGACACCCAACUGUCGGGGGUGGUGCGUCUACGAGGACGAGGUCAACGAGUUCCUGUGUGAACUCUGCAUGGAAACCAACUGCAUCCUCUGCAGGGCCAUCCAUGAAGACAUGAAUUGCAAGGACUACCAGGAUGACCUGCGCAUCCGGGCAGAGAACGACCUGGCGGCUCAGCAAACUAAGCAGAUGUUGGAGAGCAUGCUGCAGAAUGGCGAGGCCAUGAAAUGCCCGACGUGCGAUGUCAUCGUCCAGAAGAAGGACGGCUGCGAUUGGAUCUGCUGUUUGAUGUGCAGGACAGAAAUCUGUUGGGUCACCAAACAAGCUCGCUGGGGACCGAAUGGCACUGGCGACACAUCAGGUGGAUGCAGAUGUCGGGUCAAUAAUCAGGCGUGCCAUCCCAACUGCAAGAAUUGCCACUGAGGCGAGCACGAGUGAACAAAUACAGUGUGUGUGUUGUGUGUGUGUAAGUGCACCGUCUCAAGAGACGCAGACCUCAGCUGAUGCUCAGGCUUUUGGCUUAACAAAGGAUACAUUCACAUAUUCAUUUGGUUUGUUUUACUGACUCUUAGCCCAGAUUUCUGGACUUUACUCAGGCGUUUUCCUGCUGCUGAGGCACAUCUUUCUUCUGCCACUGAUAGAAGUUCUAUAUGCAGGUUAUGCAAAGUGCCAACUUUAUUUUCUGCAUCCCUACAACCGAGGAUAUUAACUUUACCUCAUGAGAUUAUAAGCUUUACCGGGACACUCUUUAAAAUUCACUUUUUGUGCUGAAUCAAUUCUUCAUAUCCAUUUCGAUCUCAUUUCGACAGCCAUUUUAUUUUGGUGACUCAAGUCUGUCUUCAACUCCAAUAACACACACACAUAAAUAUAUGAAUAUCCCCUCACAUACAGUAUAUAUAUAUAUAUAUAUAUAUAUAUAUAUAUAUAUAUAUAUAUAUAGUGUAAUAUUCUUUUCUUAUGGCUACAACUAAUUAACUUCAUCUAACCAUGUCUACCCGUAUAUUAUCUAUACCGCUUCUCCUCUUGAGGGUCGGAGGUGGAGCCAAUGCUGCCUGACAUUGGUCAGUUAUUUUCUCGAUUAAACCAGUGACAAGUGACAGAAAUGUUCAUUCAGUUGUCUAAUCAGGCUGCGGUGAAGGAUGUUGUUUUAAUUGUUUACACUGAAUGAAUGUUUAUUAUGUAAAAACAAGCUGCUCUGGUGCAAUUAAGGAUUUUGAAGUAUCGUAUUUUAAAAGAUGAAAAGGUGGAUGCAUAAUGACGAUGUAGUGUUCAGUUCUCUGUCUGUAGUCCAUUCCUCGAGCCUUAGAUUAUGUACUGCAGUAGAUACAGUAUAUUCUCUUUAUGUGGGGUAUCUACAGAGUUUGCAGGUUUCACCAUUACUUGAAACGUGUCUACAAUAAUCUUUGUUCAUUUGUCUUCAGUUGUGUCAUGAGAAAAAAUCAAUAACGUGAACUUUGAUUGCGCUGCAUGAGUUACAAAAUGCAAGCAGCCAUUUUUAGCAAGCAGAAACAACAAAUUUUGCUUUUUAGGCCUGAACAGAACCAACGUCCUCUCAGACUUUGCACAGCUUUCACCAGUCUAAAUCUUAAAUAUUUCUUUUUGCAUUAAUAUUUAAUGUACAUCAUAAUCAUACAAGUGUACUUUCAUUGCUUUAGGAAACCAUACAUGUAAGUGUCCUGAAAUGGUCACAAUACUUUAAGGAAAUGGUUUUAAUUGUAUAAACCUAAAUCAGGUGACAUGUGGGACACUUUGAAGGUGCAGGUGAAUCUUCUUGAUCUCAGAAAUAUUGUGUCUUGGCUGUAUAAAAAUAUCUUAAAGUUUCUAUCCUGUCAAA